AGUAAAAAUGAAUAAACGUAAAAUUCUUGAUUUAUCUCAUGAUACAACAAUUGUUUCAAGAAAAUCAUUAUUCAAUGAACAAGAUGAUUUUAGUGAUGAUGAUUUUAUAGAUGAUGUAAAGAUGAAAUUGUUUGAAAGAUUGAAUAGUGAAUUUGUAUGUAUGGAUGAUGACAAUGAAGAAAUUGAAGAAGAAUCUCACAAAUUAGACAAUGAUGAUAACGAACAAAUAUUUCGAUUAUUCGCAUGUGGUCCUCCUUCGAAGAUUUCCCUUGAAUCAAAAGAGAUAAGAGAUUAUAAUGAGUUUGUAGAACAAAUGCUAAGAAAUAAAGCUGAUAAUGAUGAAUCAAGAGAUAAUCCAGAUCAUAUGAAAAGAAUAAAUUCGGUAACUUUUGAGCAAAUUAUUCAAGAGUCAAAAAUUCCCUGGGAACGUCAUUUAGUACCAAAUAAAGUAUUAAAUGUUCCUUAUAAUUAUGAAGAACAAAGAGUUAAGCCAAAACGAAGGAAAAGCAAGACGAGAAGAGAUGCUGAGAAAAAAGGGAUUAGUUAAGAAAAGAAUUCAUGGUGGAAAUUGCCCUGGUUGGCCGACAGGUGGUAAAGGAUAUGCAUAUGGGUGGAGGUCAAAUAUUGGAUCGUUAGAAAAAAUUUGUAUAUCAUCUAAAAAAAAUUUGAAUUUUCGUGAAAAGAGAGCAAAGUCUAAAUAAAUGAAAAUUUUCUAAGUAAAGUUU